AUUAAAUUCAAAAUUGAAAAAUAUCAUAAUAUCCAUAUGAUUAUUCAAAUAAUAAUCCCUCCGGCCUAAACUAGUCAAACCUGUGACAUAGACCUUUCCUGUUCAUCACCACAUAAGAUCCCCACCCUCCUAACUGAAUCACCAUCGUUUCUUUCACCGGAAUCACUACCAAUCUCCGCCGUCCAUCUCCAUCUAGAGAGAGAAAACCUUCAAUAACAACAUCUAGAGAGAGACACACACAACAGUUACACUAAUUAGGAAGAUCAACGCUACAGAUUAGUGAAAAAACUGGUUGAUCUGAGAUCACAUCGGAAAUUAGGUCAUUUGUAGUUCGUACGGAACUAAUGGUGGCGAGAACGAGUUUAAUUAGCCGCCGGACGGUUCAGAAGUUCCGGCAGACGGCGAUCUCCGCCGCUGGAUCACUCAAAAUCAAACUGUUACUGUUAAUCAGCUUCGUCUUCAUGUUAACCUUGCUCGCGAGCUGUACGCCGUCGUUUUUCGGAUGGAGUCAACAGAGUGUUCCUCCUGUUGAUCGGAAUUCAAGGAAAGGGUAUACAUUGUUGAUAAAUACAUGGAAAAGAUACGAUCUUCUUAAGCAAUCCAUUUCUCAUUAUACAUCAUGUCCUGGACUGGACUCAAUUCACAUAGUAUGGAGCGAACCUGACCCACCUUCAGAUCCUCUCGUCAAAUUUCUGAAUCAUGUCGUAAAGUCAAAUCCAAAAGAUGGCCGACACAUCGAGUUGACUUUCGACAUAAACAAGGAAGAUAGUCUUAACAACAGAUUUAAAGAACUCAAGAAUCCAAUUACAGAUGCUGUUUUUUCCAUCGAUGAUGAUAUUAUAUUUCCCUGCUCGUCAGUAGAAUUUGCUUUUAGCGUUUGGCAAAGUGCACCCGAUACUAUGGUGGGAUUCGUUCCUCGAAUUCAUCUGAUCAAUCAAUCGAAAGAGAACAGAUAUCCUUACAUUUACGGUGGAUGGUGGGCCGUAUGGUGGACCGGUACAUAUAGUAUGAUACUAUCGAAGGCAUCGUUUUUCCACACGAAAUACCUGCGGAUGUACACUAACGAAAUGCCUACAUCCCUCUUGGAAUAUGUCAGGAGGAACAGGAAUUGCGAGGAUAUUGCGAUGUCAUUCUUGGUGGCUAAUGCAACAGGGGCCCCACCUAUAUGGGCAAAAGGCAAGAUAUAUGAGAUCGGAUCGACAGGAAUCAGUAGUCUUGGAGGACAUAGCGACAAGAGGACCGAGUGCGUGAAUAGGUUCGUAUCCGAGUUCGGCAGGAUGACACUGGUUCCAACCACCGUGAAGGCCGUUGAUAGCCGUAGUACCUGGUUCUGGUGAUUCCAUAUGCUUCUCAUUUCCACUUGUAUUCUUCUAGAGCUCUUUUAGUUACCACUAGCUAUCGAUUUUAAUGAUGUUGGCAUCCAUCAGACCGAACCAAACCACGUUAACUAGUCUUUACAUUGAACACGAAAGUACGAAACGUUUAGCCUGUUUGUUGUAUCAAUACUCUAUUUCUAUGGUCAAACCUCAGUAGUCAGUAGAUUUCAUGUGUGUAUUUUACAUGGGUUACUUAUAAAUUUGAUGGGUUUGUUGUAACUUGUUACUUAACAUGAAUGUAGAAACAAACAAUUUGCAUUUAA